ACAGGGCACGGACACUGAUUGGGAAGCAAACAGGUAAAAUCCUUCAAUAUGAAACCAGAAGCAAAAGUUGCAGUGUCUGUGACCACCAUGGAGAGGGUUCAAUACCAGCCCACCAGUGUUCCAAAAAUUGGGAUGGAUCCAGCAAGGCAAUGGAGCCAGAUAUGGCCAUGUCUAUGUUACACAAAAUGAAAGACUGCGGCCAUCCAGUGCAGGUUAUCCACGCUGAUAAUGAUUCCACCACUUCAUCUACUUUGAAAUUGGACUUCCCUGGAAUUCAAAAGAAAGAUGACAAAAACCACAUAAAAAAGGGAAUUUCUAAAAAGCUCUACGCAUUAGCUGCAAAAUGGAAGGAACUCAGGUCUCAGUCAUCUGUCAUUCCAUACCUGGUUAGAUGUUUUAUGUAUACCCUGUCCAGGGCUAAAACAAGUGAUGAUGUGCAAGAAGGCCUGUCACAGAUUGUACCCCAUGUUUUUGGAGAACACGAGAUGUGCACUGACUGGUGUUCCUUUAAAAGAGAUACUCCAAAUUUCAGGUUUAAACACCUAACAAAUGGGCAGCCACUCAAGGAAGACGGCGUAAGACGUGCCCUUGAAGAAAUGGUUGAAACCUACAAAAAGAGAGCGGGUCAACUUGUUACACUGGGGUCAACCCAACCAAAUGAAAAUUUCAACUUCAUUGUUUCAAGCAAAGCUCCAAAAAAUCGGUUUGUAUAUUUUUUAUAA